AUGUCUUCAAAUAUAAAUAAUAUGUUAUAUUUGUGUAAUUUUGACACACUUUUAAAUAAUUCAGAACCAGAGAUUAUUAAGAAAUUGUGGGUAGGACAAUGGACUAUCAAAGAUACUGAAUUGUGUAAACAACUGUUAUUGUGUGGCUUGGAGACGGAAGACUUGUUAGAUAUAUUCAAGAAAUAUUCGAAAGAUGAUUGCUUCAAUGAAAAGAUAUUGGAUUUAGCUAUUAGUGCAAUUUUAACUUACUGCAAUAUUAAUUGGAACACUCUUCCUGAUCAAUUUGAUUUACAGCAAUAUUUUGGUAUUGAAUGGCCUAAAGGUACAGACGUAUUUAUAAAGCUCCAGUGUGAUUCAGAACCAUUGUAUCCAAAUGUAGUCAAUCCAGAAUUAUUGUACUUUUCUUUACAAAUAUUUGGUGCUCUGUGUUCUUUGGAACAAAACUUGGUUCAUCUGUGGUGGUGUUUUCGUAGUAAAGUUAUUCAUCAAAGAGCACUAGAAGAAACAAGCGCAAGUCUUUAUAAUGAACUAGAACUCAUCAUGGCAAAGUUGUCAAAUGAAUCACAGAAAUUAAAUAAUCCUCGCUUGAAAGUUUUGUUGUAUAUAGAAAUGGCACAGGCAUAUCUUAUCUAUGGUAGAGUGCAAAACGCUGAAGAAUAUUUACUUAAGGCCAAAGACCUUGCCGGCUUAAAAUUGGAAUUGACAGGUAUCUUGGGAAAACGAACUAAAUUCCAACAAAAUGCUCUACCUCAAUUAGCUUUAACAAGUGAGUUGGACUUGACUGUGGAACGUGAUUCAGCAGAAAUAAGCCAUGGCAAUUCAGAGCUACCGCCAGACAUAGAGUUGCAAGAUGAUGUGAGGCUUAAUAAAGUACAAUUUAUUGAGAAGAUUAGCCAGACAGAGCUACCGAGCUUAGAACAGACGCUGUGUUUACUGACUGUUCAGUACUUACAAAAAUCGCAGCCGAAAGAUGACCUCACCACUGAAGAACUACAGCCAUACAUUGAAGCGGUUCUCUCACAAAAUAAGGGUCCAUGGUCGACUCGGGUCGCAGCCUUACUGAUACGGUGUAAACUGGAAGCUAACCACAAGCGCACAGUAGAGCGUGCCAUGUUACAGUGCGAGACUAUCGUGAAUGAUAAAACCGGCGUCGCUGGUACGAGCAGGCUAUCAUACCUUUGGGCUAGUGGUCUCCCAGCUGCUUGGACAUGGCGACAGCAAUUGGGCGACUUAUACCUCAGCAUGGGGCUGGUGAAGGCGGCCCUCGAGGAAUAUCAGCGACUGCAAUUGUGGGAGGAAGUCAUUGUCUGCUACACUUUGUUGCAGCUACGUCACAAGGCGGCGGAGAUCAUACAACAGCAAAUAGAUGUAAAACCCACUGUUAAAUUAUAUUGCCUUCUUGGAGACGCGACAGAUGACGUAUCUUGGUAUGAAAAAGCGUGGGAGUUUUCAGAUCAGAAAAGCAGUCGCGCUCAAAGACACUGGGGUAACUUUCUUUUCGAUCAUAAACGUUAUGAAGAAUGCAUACCGCAUUAUGAGAAAUCCGUUGAAAUUAAUUCCCUACAGGAGAGCGUUUGGUUGAGAUUGGGUUAUGCUGCCUUGAUCACCGAAAACUGGGAGUUGUCAGCUAAAGCGUAUCGUCGAUAUACCUAUCUCCACCCCAACACGUUUGAAGCAUGGAACAAUUUGGCUAAGGUGUACGUAAAGCAAGGAGAUAAAAAUCGGGCAUACAGGGCGCUGAUGGAAGCACUUCGCUUUAAUUAUGAUAAUUGGAAGCUCUGGGAAAACAUCAUUAUCGUUAGCAUGGAUACAGGUCACUUCGAAGACGUGCUCCGUGGUAUCCACCGUAUUCUCGAUCUCCAGAAGAAGUUUGAGGAUGUGGAGGUGUUGUCUUUGCUUGUGCGCGGAAUUAUUCAAGAUAGUAAAGAUGCGGACGGCAACAGUGCGGCCAGGUUACGUAAACGCGUACUUGAACUGUUUGGCAGAAUUACUUCUAUACAUCAGAAUAAACCAGAAAUAUGGCAGUUGUACUCCGACCUUAGUACGACUUAUUUGUUAAAAGCACAGCGCCUUUUGAAAGCGUAUAAGGGAUACACACAAAGUGGUAAUUGGGCAAACGAUCCAGAAACUUGUAAAAAAGUUAUAGAACUCGCUCAAGUUCUUUUGGAAUACAGCUUAAAAGCGAGAAAAGAGGCAGAAGAAAAUGAUAAGCAACAGGCCGAUCAGCUGUUAUCGUCUGCCCGUUUGACUGGACAGGGGGUUAUAAGAGCUGCUGAGAAACAAGACUGGCCGGAAACAAAACCGCUACUUGAACAAUUAAAACAACUAUUUGAUAAUGUUACAGAUUAUAUGAAAUCACUUAUGUGA